AUGCCCUCCGUUGCCAGUGAUCCCGCGUUUCUCUUAGUCUUCACAGGUAUCAUUACACUAACCUACUUGGCUGCCCGCAAAAUGUUCGGCCAUGACCCUCGCGAGCCGCCACUGGCCCCGCAGUCGCUUCCUAAUGUCGGACAGAUGGUGGGACUGUCGCGAAGCAAGUUCAACUACUAUGUCGACCUCAGUCCAAUCCAGCCAGAAGACGGGCUCUCCUAUCUUCACCAUGGCCCUCCCAGGCCAGAAGAUGUACGUGGUAACGAAACCGGAGCUCAUCUAGACGGUUCAGAAGCAGCACAAGACCCUCGCAUUCCCGCCUAUCGAGGCCAAGUUCGCGUCCAAGGUCUGUGGGCAAGUCUCGAGGCCCAGGAUAUCCUGGCCAAGAAUGUCAAUGACGACGAGGGCGAUUUUGGCCUCUCGAUGGAGUCUUACACCGCCAUGCGGGAUGCCCUCAAGCCCGGCCCGCAGCUCGACGACAUGAACCGCGUCAUGAUCAAUGAAAUCGCAAUGUCACUUGACUUAUUGCAGCCGGCCAAGGGAGAGUCCCGCAGGGUGGGGAUGUACGCCUGGCUAAGGGACGCCAUCACGAGGGCUACAACCAGGUCUGUGUACAGUCCGGUGAAUCCUUAUGAAGACAAGGCUAUUGCCGACGCUUUCUGUCUUAUGUCGAUCUUGGUCAGGUUCCUUCCUUCUCUCACUGCUCGAAAGCCUGUCGCGGCUCGAAGUAAGGUUGCCAAGGCCUUCGAAGCAUACUACAGAGCUGGUGGUGUAGAGAAGGCAUCAGCUCUCGCCCAAAAUCGGUAUCAAGCAGAGAUACACAACAACGUUCCGCUGGAAGAUAUUGCCCGCUACGAAGUCGGAGGUUCGAUUGCCAUCUUGGUAAAUACUGCACCCUCAGCGUUCUGGACCCUGCUUCUACUCAACUCCCACCCUGGUCUCCGUGAUGAUAUCAGGAAAGAGGUUGAUGCCUGUACCACAACAGCCAUUGAGAACGGAUCUACUGUCAAAGCUCUUGAUAUAACUACCCUCAAGGAGAGCUGUCCGCUGUUGCUCUCCUACCAAGAAGUCCUUCGCCAUCGUUCUAUGGGGACUUCCGUGCGCGAGGUCAUGGAAGAUACCUAUCUCGACCGAUAG